GACAAUGCAUCCAGUGCAACGUUCUGCGAACAACAACAUUGUAGAACUUGCACAUGCCGAUAUGGAGAUUGAGCGCCAGCUGAACUUGAAAUUAAGGGAUGAAAUGAACAAAAUUAAAAGGGAUUUGGAAUUUGAACGAGAGAGAAACGAAAGAUUGCAAGAACAGAUAACCACAGCAAAAACUGAAUAUGAGAAAGUGAAUAAGAAGAAUAAGAGAAUUGUGAAGACAAACACAAGCCUCACGGAUGACCUAACCCAAUGUAUGGCUGAACAUGAUAAAUUGUUGGUAGCGCAAAUAGGAUGGGAAACGAAUGCUCAAGAAACAGCAAAGAAUAUGAAAUUAUUGGAAGCUAGGAUUCAGAAAGAGAUAAACGAGAAAGAAUCAGCAAUGCGUGAAGUGAAACAGCGUACAGAGGAACUGAAGGAAGUUAAGCAAAAGUUGUGUGUUUUGGAAACACGAGAGCUGACAAACAUCAACAGACUAAAUGCAGAGAAGUUAAACCCUUAUGCGACAGAAGAAAUCGUCAUCAAGCAGCUAGGCACCAAUGCUGUCGGUAGCGGACCGCCCACAUCGCGCCUGUACAGGGAUAACUAUGUUUUGAAAUCAUGUAAAAUGGGCGCACCCAAAGUUUUAUUAGAAAAUGGACAAUUGGGAAUAUGGUUCCAAUCUAAAUAUGUUUUUGUUGCGUUAACAUCAUUAAAUGACUUAUUUAAACGAAAUUGUUUUUGUUUUUAUAUUUACAGGGUGAGAAAAGAAAAACAUACAUUGAACAUGACAUGGUGAAAAUACGUAAACUGGAGAUUUUGGAGCAUGUCGUGAAUAGCAUAAAGGACAUUUAAUAUUUCAUAUAUUACAGAACUCAUGGUCGUCAUCUUCAGAUAUUCCAAUAUUUUUCUU